AUGCUUAUACAGGCUGAUGUAGAUAUUGCAGUUCAAGCAGCAAAGCGUGCUUUUCAUCGCAAUUCGGAAUGGCGUCUAUUAAGCGCACAAGAAAGAGGCCAACUGCUUUACAAAUUCGGUGAUCUUAUUCUAAGGGAUUUAGAUUACUUAGCUGAAUUAGAGACUUACAAUAAUGGUAUGGUGCUUAGUAAUUGCAAGAGAUUCGUUGAAGCAGGUGUAGAUCAAAUAAGGUAUAAUGCGGGUCUGGCCGAUAAGAUCCUUGGCAAUACCUUUUCUGCGGGUAGCGAUGCAUUUACCUACACCCUUAAACAACCUGUCGGGGUGUGUGCUUUAAUAUUGCCCUGGAACGUGCCUAUACUAAUGUUCAUCAGCAAAGUAACAGCUGCAUUAGCAGCAGGUUGUACGGUGGUAGUGAAACCUGCAGAACAAACACCGUUGACGGCUUUAGCCUUAGCCGCGCUACUGGCUGAAGCGGGAGUACCCAAAGGCGUCGUCAAUGUAGUUCCUGGAUACGGUGAAACUGCGGGAGUUGCUUUGACUCAUCACUCUGAUAUUGCUAAGAUUUCCUUCACAGGUUCUGUAGAGGUUGGCAAACUUAUUCAACAGGCAGCUGGAGCUAAGAACUUGAAACGAGUAUCGCUAGAACUCGGUGGAAAGAGCCCUCUCAUCAUUAUGGACGACGCGGAUUUGAACGUUGCUGUCCCCUACGCUGCUUUAGGAGUGUUUAGCCACCAAGGUCAAAUUUGUAUAGCGGCCUCCCGACUGUACGUCCAAUCGGGUAUUUAUGAUGAGUUUGUCAAAAGAGCUGUGCAAUUUGCAAAGACCUUGGCUGUUGGAAACCCUACUGAUGCAAAAACACAACAUGGCCCACAGAUUGACAAAAGUAUGAUGGAUAAAGUUCUUGGUUACAUAGAGAAAGGAAAAUCGGAAGGUGCAAAAUUACUCACUGGAGGUAAAAGAGUUGGGACUAAAGGCUUUUACAUCGAACCCACGGUGUUCUCUGACGUGACCGAUGACAUGACAAUAGCUAGGGAAGAGAUAUUUGGGCCAGUACAAAGUAUUCUAAAGUUUGAAACACUCGAGGAGGUAAUAGACCGUGCAAAUGAUACCAACUUCGGACUAGCGGCAGGUAUCUUUACUACGUCUGUCGAGAAUGCGCUACAAUUCUCGAAACAUGUCGAAGCUGGCACGGUUUGGGUGAAUACUUAUUUGAUGUUUAAACCCCAAAUGCCGUUUGGAGGAUUUAAAGAAUCCGGAAUUGGACGAGAGAAUGGACCGAUGGGCGUUGAAUCGUAUCUGGAGGUGAAAACUGUAACAAUGGCAAUGAAAAAGGAAUUU